GGCGGCACCGCUGUUCGGGCGGUCCCUACCGCCGGGGCAGGGGCGGGGGGAGCGGGCCGAGCCCCGGGGCGGGCGGGCGGCUGCACGGGCCUCUAGCCCCGGCCGGCUCCGCUUUCUGAGGCGGGUUUAACCCUCCCCAAGCGGGGCGGGCAGCGGGCAGGGGCUGGCGGGCGGGAAGGGCUGAGGCGAGGCGGUGCCUCGGGCCGGGCGCGGCGCUCGCCGGGGGCGCAGAGCGCGGCUGCCGCCUCCCGCCGCGGGCAUGAGCGCCUCGGCGGCCACCGGCGUCUUCGUCCUGUCCCUCACCGCCAUCCCCGUCACGUACCUCUUCAACUGCCUGGCGGCCACCGGCAGUUCCUGGAUAAUUGUUCCAGUUGGAUUGCUGGUUCUGGUUUUUAUUGCUCUGUUGGCUCGCGUUCUCGUCAAAAGAAAACCACCCAAAGACCCUCUGUUUUAUGUUUAUGCUGUAUUUGCCUUUACCAGUGUAGUGAAUCUAAUAAUUGGACUUGAACAGGAUGGAAUUAUUGAUGGAUUCAUGACUCAUUACUUGAGAGAGGGUGAACCGUAUCUGAACACUGCAUAUGGCCACGUGAUCUGCUAUUGGGAUGGCUCUGUUCAUUAUCUGAUGUAUCUGUUGAUGGUGGCAGCUAUUGCAUGGGAACAAAGCUAUAGAACCAUUGGCCUUUACUGGCUAGGUUCCAUUAUCAUGAGCAUCAUUGUCUUUAUGCCUGGAAACAUUGUGGGCAAAUACGGAACAAAAGUGUUUCCUGCUUUUUUCUUAAGUAUACCAUACAUUUGCCUUCCCAUAUGGGCUGGGUUCCGAAUUUAUAACCAACCUUCUGUGACGCAUGACACUCCAGUCAAGGUGGUUCAGGAAGUCCAGAAGAAAGGACUCUUAAGUCGACCAAUAGAUUUAAUGUUAGCUGCAUACCUCAUUCUUGCAACGGGGUUUUGCAUAUUUAGGGGCAUGAUUGCUCUGGAUUGCCCUGCUGAACUCUGCCGGCUAUAUAUUCAACUUCACGAGCCCUAUAUAAAAGAUCCUGCUGCCUAUCCUAAGCUUCAGAUGCUGGCAUACAUGUUCUACUCUGUGCCAUACCAUGUGAUUGCUCUGUAUGGCCUACUGGUGCCUGGUUGUUCCUGGAUGCCCGAUGUAACCCUUAUACAUGCUGGAGGACUAGCUCAGGCUCAAUUUUCCCAUAUUGGUGCUUCUCUUCAUGCUCGAACUCCUUACAUCUACAGAGUCCCUGAAGAAGCAAAACAGUUUUUCCUGAUACUGAACAUAAUGUACGGGAUUCUUCCCCAGCUGUUGGCUUACAGAUGUGUCAACAAGCCAGAGUUUUUUAUGAAACCAAAACAAGAAGAAAAAACAGAAUAGCACAACUGUUUUCAGCUCUUCGUUCUGGCUGCUUAUAUACUUGGGUUGGGAUGUAACCAAACUGCUCCACUGGAACCCGAAUGAAGUGUGUAAGAAAGAUGUGUAAAUCUGCACAGUUGUGUAAAGUUGCACGGUCUGUUUUGUUUAUCCUACUCGAAAAGGGAAAUAAAGACGACUGCCUUCAGUACCACUUCUCAACAUCUUGACUUUGUGCUGCAGCAGAGCUGCUGGUUCCCAUGGCUAUUUUUAAGUAAGCUGCUUUGACAGUUUUAGAAAUACUGCAUGAAGUUAAAUAAUAAUAAUGAUGUCAGCGUUUAGCCUCCACACCCUGAAGAGUAUCAGUGGCAGCAAUCCCUACGCAGAGCUACUGUAGAAUGGGAAGGUCGUUUUGAGGUGUGAAAAAUUAACAUACAUAACUCUGUCACAUGCACAUCUUUUAUUUGUCAAAAAGUAUGUAUGUCUUGUGGGUCAGCCUUGUUAAAAAUCCCAAGAAAUCUUUUUAAGAAGCAAUCAACUCUUACGGUAAGACUCCAUAUAUGAUAAGCAAAUCAUAUAGUUUUGUUAAUUCUUUUAAGGAUUCACCUCUGCAAGGACUGCUCAUCUGCUUGAAGUUAAGCAUGUGCUUAACUAGUUUAAUUAGCUCCUCUGAACUGGGCCUGGGGGCUUGUUACCUGGGGAAGGUGGGCCUUACACUGGAGAAUGCAGUUCCAGAGACGGGUUUUGGUUCUUCUCUGCAGCUACUUUUGCUAAUGCUGAUGGUCCUAAACAAGUAGCAGCAAAUACAGUGACCUUGGUUUGUGUGGUUUAUGUUUCUGUUUGCAAUUACAACUAUUUCUAUGCCUUCUAUGUGUAUUUACACUAAAAGCAGUACACUUAAGUGCCUUUCUCACAGGUGAAAUUAGCUGAUACAUUUUAACUGGAAACACUUUAUUUGGAAAUGUUGACUUUUGAGCAUUUUGAUUUAAAGAAUCUUCUUUUUAAACCUAAUCAGUAAUGAGGCACGAUCAGCUCAUGCACGUGCAUGUUGCACCCUGUGCAAGGGGACUUUGAGAGCAGCAAGAAACUCACGCUGCAAGGCUCUCCUGCUGCACGCUGAGCUGUGCUUCGCAGCAGUGCUCAAAGAGAGACCCCAGGUUUCACACCUCCAGCCAAAGGGGCCGGUCCAAGAUAACCCCAACCCACCUCAGUCAGUGCCUCUUGGUGAAAGGGAGUUUAGCAAUAAUCCCCUCCGGCACCCAGCCUCCUGCCAUGCUCACUAGAAUUAGGGGUAGCUCCAUCCCAGCACAUCCUUCCACGAAAACCAGCCCCGAGCUGUUGGGCUGUAUCAGGAGAUGCAGGCUCGCAAUCGAGCAUCCGAGCCACUGGUGUCACUGCUCAUGUUUUUAAAGAAGCUUUGAGUACAUUCAAGGUGAAUUUAAUAACCUCCUGUUAUCCAGAAAAGGCAAAGUACAGAAAAAAUAAAGAUCUCACCUGCACUUGUAUCUAUUAUGGUCAACUCAUGUUAACAGAAUGUUUUGCUUUAAUACUUGACUUACAUUAAUACCUCACAUUAUUACACGUAUGAAGCCAAAUAUGACGCUAACUUAGUUGCUUACAACCUCAAACCUUACUCCCAAUACACAUUCCAAUAAAUUUAUUCUGUAAAAACAAUA